UCAUCGCCUCUUCGCAUCCAGCGCGAGCCAAACCCUCCUCUUCUUCAUCUCGCCGAUCCGAUCGCCGCCUCGCCAAGCUACAUCUUCCUCCUUCCGGCGUCAUGGAUCGUAGUCAGAAGCGCAAGAUCUCUGACGGAGAACUCCCGGUGAAAAAGCGCGCUUGCAGAUCGACGGAGCGCCUACCCGUCUCGUUCGCCUCCAGAACAGAGUUGCAGCGCUCCAUCUCCGCCGGUUCAGACCGCGGCAAGGGGUUGCCCGACCACGGCUUGUUAGGCUCGGAUAACCGUGCUAUGGGUUUAUCGAAGAGGAGGGUGCACAGAGUCGUCGCUCGCCUCGCCGAUGAUGGUUCGGGGGAAUCCGCGCAACUCGAGGCACUGACCGAGCUAUGCGAGAUGCUCUCCUUCGUCAUGGAGGACGCCAUCGAGCGCUUCCCCCUGGAGGAGCUCGUGCCGUCUCUAUUGAAGCUUAAUGCCAAUGGUCGCAACCCUGAGAUUAUGCUUCUGGCGAUUAGAGCGCUAACUUAUCUCUUGGACGCCAGGCCUUCUUCGGCCGCUGCUAUCGCGCGGCAUGGCGGAAUUACUGUCCUCUGUGGAAAGCUUUUGGCUAUCGAAUACUUGGACGUUGCAGAAAAGUGUCAUCAAGCAUUGGAGAAGAUUUCGCGGGGAUAUCCCGUUGCAUGUUUAAAAGCAGGCGCUGUUAAUGCAGUUUUAACUUAUAUCGAUUUCUUUCCGUCUAAUAUUCAGCGAGUCGCAGUUAUAACAGUAACUAAUAUGUGCAAGGAACUCUCGCCUGAUUAUUCAUCAAUUAUAAUGGAGGCAGUCCCUUCGUUAUGCACUCUUCUGCAGUAUGAGAACAAGGAGCUGGUAGAAACUGUUUCUACUUGUCUUGCAUGGGUUGCUUACUCUGUUCGCUAUUCUCCUAUUUUGACUGAUGAACUGUGCAAGCAUGGAGUGAUACAGAAGUCCUUGGAAUUGAUAGAUAAUGAUAGUCACAGGUCAAUUAGCUCCAUGACUUUUUCUAGUUUAGUUGGUCUCCUCACAAGACUUGCCUCACAUUCUCAGUUAGCAGUUCGCAUCCUAUUUGAGCUUAGCAUAAGCAGAACUUUGAGAGGCAUCUUAAUAGGUUCUGACAUGUCACACAAUUCUGCCUAUGCAUCUACUGAAGAUGUCCAAAACAAUCAGGUAUGGGAAGCUUUAAAGUUAACUAAUCAGUUGAUUCCUGAAAAAAAGAAAGAUGUUCCAGUCAAUAAACUAAUACAAGCUAAGGAGAAGAUUUUAAUGGACGAACCCAAUUUCUUGUAUCAAUUCGCCAUGGAAUUUCUUCCAGCUUCCAUCCAGGUUGUGAACUCUGGUGCAAAUGAUUAUGUAUGUUAUGGUUGCAUUUCCAUCAUAAGACGUAUUGCCCAUUAUAGCACACCUGAGAUACUUCUGGACUCGAUCAAAGAUACAAAUAUCUCAAGUUUUUUGGCAGGGCUGUUGUCCAGGAAAGAUAUACAUCUACUAAUUUCCACACUGGAGAUUGUUGAGAUUCUGAUGCAAAAACUUCCAGGUGUUUUCUUAAGCUCUUUCAUCAAGGAAGGAGUAUUUUAUGCAAUUGACAUGCUUUUAGUCCAAGAUAAAUGCAUAGAAUCUGUACCACACUCAGAUGAGAAAAUAGCUGUCAGUGUUGUUUCCAGAUGCAUGUGUUUUGCAUUUACUCCAUCUAGUGUUCCCUCUUCUCAAUUAAAAACAUGCAAGCUUGGAAAGGAUGCUAUUCACAAUUUGGGAAGGAAGAUAAAAGCUUCCUACUACUUGGGCCAUGGAGCAGCUAACUCUGAUAUGUCAUGUUCUAAAACUCUUCAACAUCUCAGAACUUUGUGCAGAGUGCUAGAUGAUAGUAUGGACACACAUUCAGAUGAUGUUGGUAACCUACAUGAAGUGAAAUUUUCAACACAAAUAUUGGAUGAGGUGAUGAGAGAGCUUUCUCAGGGAGAGUCUUUGUCAACCUUUGAGUUUGUUGAGAGUGGUAUUGCAAGAUCUCUGGCUCAUUAUUUAUGCAAUGGCAAGUUUCUGCUUGGAAUUCAUGAUAGUGGCUUAUCAGAUCACAUUCUAGCUGUACAGAAGAGAUUCCAGAUAUUCGCUUCCAUAUGCUUGUCCAAACCUAGUCAAAAUCGUGAUGAUACUAUUUUGGCUUGCUUAUUGAAAAAUCUGCAGGAUGCAUUGUCUUCUUUGGAUAACUUUCCUGUUGUCAGAAGCCAACAGUUGAAACCAAGAAAAAGUUAUACAGAUAUCCCUUGUAGUAGCCCCACAAUGAAUCCUUGUUUAAAAGUUUCGUUUGUACGUGACAACAAAGAUUCAAACUUAUUGGACUUUGACAAUGUACUAAGUAUUGAUAUUUCUUCUUCCUUAGUAGAUGCUGUAGAAGCAUAUCUCUGGCCUAAAGUUAGUGCCAUGAACAGACAUCAGUCAGAGGCAGUGGAUUACCAUAUCAGCAAACUAAACCUCAGAGCUUCAAGGUUACAUCAUGACUCAGAAGGGAGUUCUACAGAAGCAUACAUGAACAUCUCGUAUGAGACUUAUAUUUCUAAUUCUUUAGAGGUGAUUAGAAGUCAAGAGGAGCAGCUUUUACCAGUAAAGACUAGCACAAAACUGACAACUGAUACUGAAGUUGCUCAAGGAAGAAUCACAACAGUAUCUCCAUGCAUGGUGAAUACUAAACCAAGAUUAACUUUUAGCUUGAGAGGAAAACAACUUGACCGCUCAAAGACCCUUUAUCAAGCAGUUCUAGAGGAUCAAGUAUCUCCAGGAUUUGACAUGAUUGUGGGGUCCAAAUUCUGGAAUCAGACUUAUGAAUUUACUUAUAGAAUAGCUGAAGAAGACAUAGCAAACAAGAACAACAUGUUAGAUUUGGUUUCUCAGUCAAAUAUCUUCUUGAAUAGGCUUGGAUUCUCAUUCCUGAAACUUCCCUUUUUCCCUACCAAAUUACAAGCUGAAAUGCUUUCCAACAUUGAUAGAAUGAAUACCUCAUAUGAUAUUUUAUUUAUGUUGAAAAUAUUAGAGGGCUUGAAUCAAUUUUCGAUGGAACUGUCAGUUAAUGAUAGAAUUCAAGAAUUUGCAGAAGGGAGAAUAGAUAACUUUGAUGAUUUGAAGGUGAUAGUUUCUCCAGUACCAAAAGUUGACUUUGUGAGCAGCAAGCUAACUGAGAAGUUGGAGCAGCAAAUGAGAGAUCAGCUGGUACUAAACACUGGUUGUUUUCCAUCAUGGUGUAGCCAGUUAACGAGUGCAUGUCCUUUCUUAUUUUCCUUUGAGGCAAGAUUGAAGUACUUCUACCUCACAGCAUUUGGUUCUUUAAGAAAUCAGAAUAACAACAUUCGGCAUUCAGAUAGAAGUAGCAUGAACUCCAGUGAAUGGCACUUGGUUACUAGUUUUCACUCCCGCAAGAAGUUUAAAGUUGACCGCAACAAUAUCCUUGAAUGUGCUGCAAAAAUCAUGAAAUUACAUGCUCAAAGUAAGGGCUCUCUUGAAGUAGAAUAUGCUGAUGAAGUUGGUACUGGUCUAGGUCCUACUAUGGAAUUCUACACUCUAGUAAGUCAUGAAUUUCAAAAGGUUGGAUUAGGUAUGUGGAGAGAGGACUAUUGUGCAGCCAAAAGUAGUGUUUGUAGUGAUUCUUCAGUUUUGUUUGCUCCAUGUGGACUGUUUCCUUGUCCAUGGUCGAGAAAAAGGUCAGGUGGGAUUAAAUUCUCAGAUGUGAAGAAAAAGUUUUCCCUUCUUGGUAAGCUGGUAGCCAAGGCAAUUAAAGAUGGGAGAACAAUGGACAUAUCAUUUUCUAAUGCCUUCUAUAAGAUUAUGCUCGAGCAGGAGCUCAAUAUAUGUGAUAUCCAGUCAUUUGAUCCAGACCUUGGAAGGACUUUACUGGAGUUUCAAGCUCUAGUCAACAGGAAAAAAUUUGUUGAAUCAGCUUCUGGAGAAAGAGAUAAGGAUCCAUCAAAGUUAUAUUACAGGAGCAUGGCUGUAGAGGAUCUCUCUCUUGAUUUCACUCUUCCAGCUUACACUGACUAUGCACUCGCAUCAGAAAGUGCAAAGAUGGUGAACAUUGCCAAUUUGGAAGAAUAUGUUGCACUGGUCAUUGAUGCGACAAUUGGCAGUGGAGUUGCGAGACAAAUUAAUGCCUUCAAAUCUGGAUUUAAUGAGGUAUUCCCUCUAAGAUAUCUCCAAAUCUUCACUGAAGGUGAGUUGGAGCAGUUACUCUGCGGAGAACAAGAUACUUGGGAUUUCUUUCAGCUUGUGAAUCACAUCAAGUUUGACCAUGGGUAUAGCGUGAGCAGCCUUAUGGCUACCCAUUUGUUAGAAAUCAUUCAAGAAUAUGAUUAUGAUCAGCGUAGAGCUUUCUUGCAAUUUGUAACUGGAGCACCUCGCCUUGCACAUGGAGGCUUAGCCGCUCUUAACCCAAAGCUAACAGUAGUUCGAAAGCACUCUAGUUUUGAUGCUGAUCUGGACUUGCCGAGUGUCAUGACUUGUGCAAAUUAUCUAAAGCUCCCACCUUACUCAUCUAAAGAGAUAAUGAGAGAGAGAUUGCUAUAUGCGAUAACCGAAGGUCAGGGAUCGUUUCACCUAUCAUAGGCAAUCAGCUGCAAGAUGACUCAUAAUCUUUAAUUCAUCCUGUGGAUAUGACUCAGACUCAGAAGGAUAGUGACACUGUGCAUAUAUUGGGUUAGCAGUUGUACAUUAGCCACAAGAAGAAGCCUUCUCAGCCUCAGCAAUUCAUUGUACAUAGUUCAGUCAGGCGACUAAGGCGCAUUUUGCAAGCACAGAAUUGUUGACGAGUUAUUAGUCUCAAUAAGUCAUGUCUAUUCUACAAUGGCAGCCCAGGAAUAAAGUUGUGUAUAUUAUGAGCUAUUAAGUUUUUAGUCAUGUUUAUUCCCAUAAUUACAUGGAAUCCUGUUAUUGUGUCCAUAAGUAUUUGAUAAUGAAGACUUGUCCUCCUAUAGCUGAAGAUUUAUCGUAAGUUUGAUUAGUUCAUUCUUGUGAAAAAUGUU